UCCACCCGCCCCGCCGCUCCUCCUCCGCGCCGGUCGCCUCUUCCCUGUCAACGGCGCAGAAGCUAAGAUGGCGGCCUUGGCGACCGGCGGGCCGGCCCAACAGCAGCCGAGUGCCAGGGCUACGACGAGUUUCCAAAGGAAAGGGCCGGAUGGAGGAGGAGGAGGCGGCCGCUUGGCCGUUCUGCCGGGCACCCGGCCCUCGGUCCGGCACGGGCAGCUGCUGCUUUCCAGCGGGGUCCCCUCUCUGGACUAUGUGCUAGGUGGAGGUUUGGCAGUUGGAACCCUUCUUCUUAUUGAGGAAGAUGUAUACGGUAUUUAUUCCAAUCUGUUGUUCAAGCAUUUCCUUUCAGAGGGAAUAGUCUGUGGACACCAUUUAUUUGUUGCUUCAGAUAAAGAGGACCCUGCUGAUAUUGUAAAGGAACUUCCCUCACCUUUGCUGAAUACCGCUGUAAAUGAAAUAGAAGAAGAAGCAACAGCUGUGAAGUCCAAACAAGAUUCUCAGGAAUCCAUGAGAAUAGCCUGGCGUUACCAGAACAUACCAAAACUGGAGGUGACCCAAGCAGCCUGUUCAAAAUUUGGACACUACUUUGAUUUAUCAAAAACAAUGGCUCCAGAAUUAAUCCAGAACAUAAAGUGGUAUGGCUUUCCCCUUCUUGAAGAAAAAGCUUUGUAUCCUGAUAUAAAAUCAUGUAAUAUGGCCUGUGGUUAUACCAGACUUCUUCAUUCUAUUCAGAAAGUCAUUCAUCAGCAAGGAUUUGAUGGCUCCACUCCCCAGAAGAAGCAAAGAAACAUUUUGAGGAUUGGAAUUCAGAGCAUUGGUUCAGUACUAUGGGGUGAUGACAUUUGUAGUACUGAAAAUCCACAAAAUAUUCAUAGUCUCACAAAAUUUAUGUAUGCUCUCCGUGGUCUCCUUAGAACAUCUUUGUCUGCCUGCAUUAUUACUAUUCCAGCUCAUCUGAUCCAGAAUAAAGCAAUUAUGGAACGUGUUACAAACUUGUCAGAUACGGUAGUUGGUCUUGAAUCAUUUAUUGGCUCUGAGAGAGAAACCAAUCCAUUAUACAAGGAUUACCAUGGUUUGAUUCACAUACGCCAGAUUCCUCGGCUUAAUAGCUUGAGCUGCGAUGUGUCAGACACGAAGGACCUUGCUUUUAGAUUGAAAAGGAAGCUAUUCAUUAUUGAGGUAUGAUGGUCAGACUUCAAAGGGCUUGAGGCAUCAGCAGGGCAAGGUUUGGAGGCCAGCUUAGGUCCGGUCGUUAAUCUCUCUGCUAAAACCACAGCAGCCAUCACACAAAACAAGCUUACACGACACAAUCAUGCGGUAUUAAAGUUUGGGUUGAGUCAUGCCAAUUUGCCUUUGAUUUUCUGAUGAUUGAGUAAAAGAUGGCUACAUGACUAGACACAUACUAAAAAUGUACUGAUUAGGUAAGUUCCUUAAAUAUUUGAAAUAUUUUUGAUUUUUCAGUAGAAUAAUAUGACAUGCUGUUUAACUUAAUGAAACUCUCUGACAGAAAAGGGCUUGAAAUACAAUUUGUAUUUAGUGUACCUUGAAUUAACAGAUCUUUUGCCACAUCUUAUGCUUUUAUUUUAUAUAACUUGUUCCUCAUCAUUUCAGAGACAUUUUUGUAAAAGUUAUUUUUUAAAACUCAGCAAUGUGUUUUUGCAUUAACUUCAAAAAGAACUUUAAGGGAACUAUUCUUUUCCUUGGACAUCUGUGCUAAGCCAUUCACAUAAAUGGAAUUUCUUCAUAAUUAUUUUCCACUUAAAUGCUGAGUAAAGUGCUGUUCAGCUGAUGUGAUUACAUAAGUGUUCCAUUCUUCUGCAUUCUGAUUUGUUGAAAUGUUGCAGUAAUGGUGACAUGUUUCCAUUCUGAGGAAAGCCUAGGGCUGCCUUGGUAUUAUUCCAAAUGAUUGAAAUUGCCAUCUUGCUGACUUUCCCUCAGGCUGCUUUAGGCCUGUUUACUUUUGUAUUUCAUUCUCAUGCUCCAUCUGAAUUUGGCUAGCAGGGCAUCACUACCUGGUUUGACAAAACAGUUGAAAAGAAUACUCAAGAUACUGAUUAAAUAUUGUAUUUCUGUCUUAUCAUAUACAAUUUGUUAUUUAAAAUUAAGAUAAAUGUAUAUAUGGCUGCAAUCCUAACCUCACUUUCCUGGGAGUCGAAACCAAAUAAAAAAAUUUCUUCCAGUAGCACCUUAGAGACCAACUAAGUUUGUUAUUGGUAUGAGCUUUCGUGUGCACGCACACUUCUUCAGAUUCCUGGGAGUAACCACUUUGAUUACUUACCAAAUUCAGUAGGACUUACUUGUGAGUUGACAUGGUUAAUUUGGGCUGUGUGGCUACUUAGAUUUGAUGGACUGUAACUUGUUGUUAGUUGUUUAAAACAGCAUGAAGGAAAGGCAAAAAUGAAUAAAAUUAAUUCAUUUUAAGACUUACAUGUUAUUUUGUACAAGCAUAUAAAACUAUUUUGUGUUUGCAUCUCAUUAUUUUAAUUAUCUUCAGUGGAAAUCACAAUUACAAUUAUUAUUUUUAAAAGGUAGUAUAGAAUUAUGCAAACAAAAAGACAAUUUAGAACAUGCACUGAGGACAUUAUAUAUAAAACAAUCUGCAUGAAUUUGUGUUGCAUUAUAUUUAGUCCAAGAAAGAAUACAUGCAGGAAGGGAUGGUCAAUAGGAGAGUACUCUUGACUCCUAUAACAGCUGCAUGCUCAGACAUUGAAGAAGGAGGCCACAUAAAAUAUAUGGAUGUCAUUUUUCAUCAUACCAAAAAAAAUCAAGUAUCAGUCAUGGUUUGUGGGAAUGGGUUUAGACACUAGGAGAUGGAAUAUUAUUAAGUUAUUAUCCUUCCUUUCUCACGUGAGAUCAGCAGAGUACCACCCUUUGCUUCCUUUAAAUUUGGAAGCUAAUACAAGUUUGAUUUAAUCUUCUAGAAACAACAAUCCAGGAUGCUUUAAGGCAGAAUAGUUUUUCCUGGUAUUACCCCUUUUCUCCCCCUUAAAGACAACAAUCACACAAACAUUUAUUUGUGAAGAAAUAAAAGUUGCAUUUACUUACAUAGCCUAAGUCUUGAAGCAGUCGUUUGCAGUAGCAAUUAUGAAAGCAGGUUUGUAACUAAUACCUAAAUUACAAAAGAACAAAAUGUAAGUUUAAAUGGUGUCUGAGCUACAGAGCUCAAACCUGCAUUUAUGAUCAGUUUGGAAGCACAGUGAAGAAAGGGAGGCUGCCAGGCAGAAAGGAAGUAUGUGGUGUUACAGCUUCCUGCCAAGGCAGCAAAGGAAUUGAUCUCAUAGAGUUCUCUCUAGCAAAUUCACAGGAAAGCUCUGUGAGCCUCAGCCCCUUUGUGUGCCUGGCUGGCAAAACAUAAUUGUUGCUUUGACUGCAAAAAUGACCCACACUUCUAUCAUCUACACCAUCUAUAUAAGUCUUGGCUAACUUGACCUUGCAUCAGUGGCCCAUAUAAUGGCUAGAAGGUUCCAUGAGCUUCUACAAGUGGUUCUGUGUUACUUGCUAUCUAUUGAGAUUUCAGUAGCAUGGUAAUAGAGUGAUUUAGGCCAUGGGUAGGCAAACUAAGGCCCAGGGGCUGGAUCUGGCCCAA